GUUUUAGCCGCGUUUAUGCCUUGAAUUUAGAGUUUUGGACAGCAGAUUUGUUAAUAUCUGAUCAAUGACGAGAUAUUCUUUGCAAAAGAUCCAGUGACAGCUAGUAACAUGAAAGUUUCGACUGCCUGUAGCUUUUUGAUGUUUUACAUUAGUUCUUGUGCACAUGAAGUACAAUCAGAGAAAGAAUUUAGUCUUGAACCAACCACAUUAUCCUCACUGGACUCCCUGCCUGGAGACACAACGACAGGGGAGGUAAAUGGGGUACAGUUUGUUCCCUUACCUUACCCCUCUAGUGAACCUCAAAACAGUGAUAACCCAUCCUUCAUACAGCCUUCAUUCUCCCAGUCUCUCAAUGGACAGAGAAAUAAUAAAUCAAUAUUGAACAGAAGUAUAAAUCCUUCUCAGACUCGAUAUACUACUCAGAACUCAUACAGCACAAUGGAGGAAGAUUAUGAUGUGCUGAAACUUCUUGGAUCCUCAAAGACAAUUCAUCAGAAAACCUCAUCUAUAGAAAUUGCUUCUUCUUCACCCAUGUCUCUGACAUCUCAACCUCAGGUCUCCAUGUCUCAACAAGAUGGCUUGUCUAAAACUUCAGCCCUUGACACAGAACCUCUGACAUCCCUGUGGGCUCUCUAUGACACUAUGUUAAAAACUGAAGACUCUGUCCGAAUACAAAGCUCAGCAGCUAUGACCAUUACAAGCUCAGCGGUUAGUCCGGCUUUUGUGCCCAAACCAAGAAGCAGUAAAGUGAAUGUCUCAUGUAAACCAUGGUCCUGUCCGAUGCCCACGGAUGUAUGUAUCCCACUAAACGGAGGAAAAUUUCUCUGCUCCUGUAAGCAAGUGUAUGGAAGAUAAUGAUAAUGGUUACAGAAAUUUUGGACAGAAACAUAUAUUUCUUGAAUAAGAGGUGUUGUGGACUCAAAUGUUCUCCGGUGAAUGAUGAUCAGGAAAUGCAUUUGAAAUGCAUGUAGGAUUAAUUGCUCACUCUGAAGUCCAUGGUGUCAGUAUGAAUGUAUAGAACUGAGUGAAAAUUUCUUUAAAAAAAUUUGAAGAGAUUCUUGGCAUUUGUAAUCUGAAAUGUGGAUUAGGAAUACCUGUAGAUAUUGAUAAGGAAAAAGUAGCAAGAAUAUGGAUUCUUAGUUGUAUCUUUUCCACUCAUAUAUUUUUUAAUAUCAUAUGUUGUAUCAAUUGUAUUACUGAAGUAGAUAAGUAUUUUUAUACCACCCACUUGAAAAGUGGGAUGUCAUAUAGUGAUAAAGAAGUCCAUCUAGCCAUCCUUCUGUCCAUCUGUCAGUCACUUACACUUUGGGGUAACCAUCUCUUACCUGCAACUCCUCUUCUACCACUGAUAGUUGUUCCUAUUUUACUUUUAUGAUCCAACACCUAAUUAUUUUGGGUAUCCCAAACCAAAACAUGGAUACUGCCUGACUGCCAUUCUUUCGAUAAUAAUAAUACGUGUACAUGUAUUAUCGAAGGGUACCCAUUCUUAUUCGCAACUCCUCCUAUACCACUGAAUAAAAUUUAAUGAUACUUUCACAGAUUCUUUAUUACAUAUUCCCCUAAUGCAAUUGUGCACCUUUUAUUUUACCUUUUCAUCUGAUACCUACUUCAAGUCUCCAGAGCAAAAUAUGGAAUUUGCCAUUACAAUCAUAUGGGAGACAGGGGUAUCAUUUAGUGAGCUCAGUGCUCACAGUGCCUCUAGUUUUUAUUUGAAAAAGUGUGUUGUGAUAAAAGAUAUUUAACAGGAGGAAGAAUGAAUUGUGCAAUCAACUAUAUAUAUGUACAUGUAAAGCACUAACAUAGUCAUACUGGGUCCUGCAAUGUGCUCAUCUCAGUAAUAUGAUAUUGAAAUUUUUACAUCAAUUUAUUUUUUGUAACAUUUUGAUAAGAAUUAAUUUUACAUUUUUGAUUUCAAGGGACCAAACUGAAAGCCAUAACACUGAAAAUAUAAAGCAUGUUUUAUCAAUCACAUUCCUUAUAUCAAACAAAUACAUUUAUGAACAUAGAUAGAUUAUAUGUAUUAACAGAUCUCAAGAACUAUUAAAUGAUCAAAAUAUUUUAGCCAAAUUGAGCUAACAUGGUCGUAAGACCCCCCCCCCAAUAAUUGCUGAUAUAUAUAUAGUACUAUGUAAUACUAUAAAAAAAAACUUAGCUACUAUAUGCUUGUGGCCCCUCAAUAAAAAUGUCUGAUGACCUUUUUUUUGCUCAUCAAGGAAUUUUUGGUAGUCGAUAGUGCCCCCCAAUGUAAAUGUAUGGCUGUGCCCCUAAACUGAAAUUAGUUCUUAUGGGUUUGGCUUAAAAAGAAAAUAUUAAAACCAAGCUCCUUUAGAAAAGAAGACUGAUUAAAACUUAAAAUUAAAGUUUAUAUUCAAACACAACCAAGUGAGUGUAAUUGAAAUAGACGGCCUACAUGUAUUAUGCAUAAAAUGAAAUUAAAACAAAGCAGUUAAUACAUGUAAAUUGUAAAAGAUAAUCACCUUUAAAGAAAUAAAAACCAUGGCAAAUAGUUUUUAUUGAUUUAUUUUUCAGAAAUGAAUUGUGUGUUAAAAUUUUUAUUGAAAAUAAGCAAUGGCAGAAUCAUGGACAUCUUGACCUUUAUUGGGUUGGCAUCUGAGCAGCUGACUGAUAGAUCUAUAAAAGGAUUUCGCACGUGAUGCUAUAUAUGUAAUUUACAACACAUUCAUGCAAAUAUAUAACUCCACCCCCCAAAAAGAAUUCAGGUUAUUGCAUCACAGUACAUGUAAUCAGUUUGGAUAUAUAAUCAAAAGAUUCUAAAAUCUAUCAGUCGUAGGUGUCUUUUUCAAUGUAUUAUAAAUCUACAUGUACGUUUAGUUACGAAAUGUCCAAGUUGUUACAUUGUAUAUCGAUAUUAUAAAGGUAUAGAGAACAUCUGUGUCUUUAUACAGCAAACCAGUCCUGUAUUCUUUUAAUGAACACACGGCGGAUGUGACCGGUCGACAGGGGAUGCUUACUCCUCCUCGGCACCUAAUCCCGCCCCAAAUGUUUAGAGGUGUUUGUUUCAGUGAGCUUUUGAGCUUGAUACUCGGUAACCGUUCGUCAUCUCUCUGUUUCGUUGCUUAAGAUGUAAUGUGAAUCACAGUUAUUUUUAAAGUACGAUUAAAUUAAAUGAUAUAAAAAGAUAAA